CUUCCGCUAAAUCGAGGAAUGGAAUGAACACCUUGAAAUUGGCAGGUUGAUGUUUAAGAAACAAAUAGUGAAUGAAAUACGCCAAACAGCUGUUUUAACAUACAAAAUUUACCAGUUUAUUUUAAUUUUAACUCAAUAUUGAUGAAGGAUCACACGAUUUGUUGACUACUAAGUUAGACAUCUUGUCAUCAUGUCCUGCUGGAAGGACCAUCAUAUCAAAUACAGUAGCCAAGGAUCGGGUCAUCUCUAAAUUUCCCCAGGCCUUCCAUCCUGAUGCCACCCCCUACCAAAAGAUGAAUUUUCACCCGAAGGUGAAGAAUGCCUGCGCAGAAAACAGAACUGGAAGAGUUGGAUUGAAGAUUUGUAAAGCUGUUCUGGUUGGUGAUGUCUCUGUAGGGAAAACAAGUCUUGUGAAUAGGUUCUGUCAUGACGUGUUUGAUAGAGACUACAAGGCUACCAUUGGAGUGGACUUUGAAGUAGAAAAGUUCAGCAUCCUUUCUAUACCCUUCACACUACAGAUAUGGGACACGGCAGGCCAGGAAAGAUUCAAGUGUAUCGCUGCCUCCUACUACCGAGGCGCCAACGUGGUGGUGGUAGUAUUUGAUCUGACAGAUGAGAUGUCCUUGUCCAACGCUGCUAAGUGGAUGCAUGAUGCAUCAGAGAGUGCCAGUGAUCCUAUCAAACUGUUGGUCGGCAGCAAGAAAGACAUCAUGUCUGAUGCUGGUUAUGAGGCUGUGGAGCGGCGAGCGGCAGACAUUGCUAACAGUCUGGGGGCGGAGUACUGGGCCGUGUCCUCAAAGACAGGGGAGAAUGUAAAGGAUUUCUUCUUCCGAGCAGUAUCUCUGACAUUUGAAUCAGCUGUUUUGAGGGAGGUAGACACAGACCAUUCCCAACCAGCCAAACAGAUCGGCAAUGACUUCAUUCGAGUGGAGAAGGACAAUCUGUAUGAAAGGAAGAAAAAGAAAGGCCUCAACAAAUGUUGUGAAGCAUGAUGAUAUGGCUUAAUGUGCUACAGUACAUUCCUGUUGAUUGGUGCUGAUAAUCUAUCGUUCUAAACAACAUGUUAUCAUUGUACAGCUGGGCAUCGUUACAUUACUAUAAACAAUAUGUUGUCAUUCUACAGCUGGGUAUCGUAACAUUACUAAACAAUAUGUUGUCAUUCUACAGCUAAGCAUCGUAACAUUACUUAACAAUAUGUCGUCAUUCUACAGCUAAGCAUCGUAACAUUACUAAACAAUAUGUUAUCAUUAUAUAGCUGGGCAUCGUAACAUUACUCAAACAAUAUGUUGUCAUUCUACAGCUGGGCAUCGUAACAUUACUCAAACAAUAUGUUGUCAUUCUACAGCUGGGCAUCGUAACAUUACU